AUGGAAAAUAUAAAUCAAGACUUUUUGGACUAUAUUGAAAUUUUUGUGAACAUUCCCAUGCGAAUGGUUGGUUACAACUUUUUAGACGACGAUUUCCAACCAAAUUUUUUGACAUGGAUCAUCAACUUGAACAUUUUUUCGUAUCUUGUCAUAAACGGCAUCGACAUUUAUCUGGUUUCGGAGAAUCUGAAAAGUACCUGUUUUUGCAUGGUUACUUAUGGCUAUGGAUUUUUGUGCAUCGGAAGGGUUGUGAAUGUUUAUACGCAUUUAACGGACAUUCAACAGCUCAAACAAGUCUUAUUGGCUUUUAAUUUUGAUGUUGAUGAUGAAUCGGAUGAACGUGAAAUGUACCUCAAGUAUGGCAGAGUUUCAAAAAUUCUUGGAGGCAUUGGAACAUCGAUAACACUUGGCUGUGGUUUCUGUGCAACUAUUUUUCCUUGCUUAUUUUUGGUUAUAAAAGGAACAUACCAACUUACCUUUGGGUUUUUCAUACCCGGCAUUGAUGGAUCGACUAAAAAUGGAUUUUGGGUGAAUUAUUUUUACCAAAAUAUGCAAAUAUUUUUGACACUUCCAGCUUUAAUUGGAUUUUUGCAUGCUCAACUUUUGUUCACGUUAUGUGCUUGUUUCCAAAUUGACCAAAUUAUGAUCAAGUUGAAGAAAAUUGAUGAACAAUUAAGUACAGUAGAAGAUCCUUGUCGAGAAACUUUCAGAAAAAAAGUCAAAUUUUCUGAAAUAUUGAAGUUACAUCAAAACUUGAUCAAAUUCUUGACAAAUUUUGAAAACAUUUACAAUUUUGAACUUGGCAACAGCAUGUUUUUCUACUCGGUAAUGCUUGUCAUAACAUUAUUCGUAUGCGCCAAGGAGGUUUGGAUAAUCGGAUAUUUGUCAGUUUUGAUAAAUUCUUACCUUCUCAUGAUCCCGUGCCUUUAUGGAGUUGCAGUUGAGAUCAAGUCUGAUCAACUUAUUAACGCCAUCUAUGAUAUUCAGUGGUAUCUUUUGUCUGAAAAUGAGAAAAAAUUAAUGAUCGUAUUUUUACAAGCGGCUCAAAACCCGAAAUUGUUGACUUAUGGCGGAUUACUUCCAUUGAAUUUGGAAACAUUUACAAAAGUAAGUCUUAAAAACCUGUAA